AUGGUGCCUCUUGCGACUGGGGAGGUCCAACCGGCUGGCUUGGGUGUCAACUUCAUUGAGGUGCAGCAUCCCCGUGAUGUCUUUAACCGGAUGGUUGCAAAUCGUGAGUUCGAUGCAUCAGAGCUUUCUUCAUCAGAAUACAUCACCCGCUAUGUUUCUGGGGAUCGAUCGUUUGUCGCCCUUCCCGUGUUCGCCUCAAGGGCCUUCCGACAUUCGUUUAUCUGCGUCAAUACCAACACGAUCAAAGAACCAAAGGAUCUUAAUGGCAAGCGCGUGGGUGUGCAAUUGUAUACUAUGACAGCCGCGGUGUGGAUUCGAGGUCUUCUCCAACAUGAGUACGGCGUUGACUUGUCUAGCAUUGAAUGGGUGGAGGGGAAGAUGGAAGGGCCCGGAAGCCACGGGAAACCAUCUUCGUUGCCCCCUCUCAAACCGAUCAAAAUUACCCAGAACACCGACCCAACCAAAUCGCUCUCUGACUUGUUGGAGUUUGGAGAGAUCGAGGCAACGAUCGGCGCUGAUAUCCCGGAAUGUCUGGGUAAAGCGAGCGCGCCGCAUAUCCAACGUCUAUUCCCCAACUUUAAGCAAGUUGAGAUGGACUACUACAAGCGGACAGGGAUAUUUCCGAUCAUGCAUCUGGUUGCCAUGCGACGGGAGUACUACGAAGCCAACCGGUUUGCCGCAUCGUCCCUGUUCAACGCGCUGAAUGAUAGCAAGGAGAUGGCGCGGAAGCGGAUGGAAUCCUUAGGGGCGCUGCGCUACAUGCUCCCCUGGCUCUCGCAGGAUCUGGAUGAGAUCCGAGACGUCUUCGGUGGUGAUUGUUGGCCUUACGGAGUCGCGGACAACCGGAAGACGUUGGAGGCGCUGGUACAAUACCUCUAUGAGCAAAGUAUGAUCGAGAUAAUAAUUCCGAUAGAUGAACUCUUUGCUCCUGUCCGCAAGGUCAAUUUUAGGAUCGGUUGA